AUGAGUAUCAGACUUUUGGUGAAACUGAGGGUUGCUCUCGUUCAAUUGAACCCGCAGGUUGGCCGGUUGGAACAAAAUAUUGCACGCACAUGGUCUCUUCUUCGCAAAUUCCAGGAAAAGUUGCAACCUGCCCAAACGGGUGAGAAGAUGACGACGCCGACGCCAGAUCUAAUGGUAUUCCCAGAGUUUGCAUUGACAGGUUACUCCUUUCACUCGAAGGAACACAUUUCAUCCUUUGUUCACAAGACUAAAGAGAGCCCAUCUUUCCAUUUUGCACAACAGGUCUCGAAGAUGUUCAGUUGCUACACGGUGAUCGGGUACCCUGAACGUCACGAAAAAGAGGGCAAAGUCCUCCUGUACAACUCUGCAUUGGUAGUUUCGCCGAAGGGCGAACUUGUAUUCAACUAUAGAAAAUCGUUCCUUUACGACACGGAGUACGAAUGGGACUGCGAAGAGAACCCAAACGGAUUCGAGACUUUCUCGCUUACGUUCCCCGGCAAGGGGCAGACACCUACUGGUGACAAAAUUGAUGUCACUUUGAAAACGAGCAUUGGUAUUUGCAUGGACUUGAGCCCUUAUAAAUUUGAGGCACCCUUUAACCUUUUCGAGUUUGCUAGUUUCAACUUGGAGAACCGUUCAGAAUUGAUGAUUUGCCCGAUGGCUUGGCUCCAUUCGAGCUCAAUCACAAAGAUGGAUAAGUACACUGAGGAGGAGAAACUGGAGAAGAUGGCUGCAUUGGAAGAUAAUUUGAAGAGACAGUCACUCCCCAUCUUUGGAUCCCAAAACGAUUUCCAGCUAGAUCUGGACAAUAGCAACACACCACGAACAAUGAGCAGAGAUGGGCCAGACGUCGACCCGACGUAUGGGAAACUUGAAGAACCAGAUAUGACAAACGUCAACUACUGGAUCUUGCGGUUCUUGCCCUUCAUUGAUUUGAAUAUCAGGGAAGAAUGGUAUAAACAGGGGAUUAUCAAGAAGUUAUUAUCAAGAGAGCAGUCUGAUUUGCUCGGUAGCACGUACAUGGGUGCAUCUGCUCGGGCUGCAUGGGAGUUUGCUAAUUGUAACGCAAUCUUACUGUUGACAAACAGAUGCGGUGUGGAAGAUGGUACCACGGUCUACGCUGGCAGUUCCGGGGUUUACAAAUUCAACGGAUCCAUGGAUCCCAAUGAAUCAAACAUAGACAGCAUGAACGGAUCUGUCGCUUUGCUAGGUAACCUGGGUAAGGGCAAGGAGGGUAUUAUACUUCGCGAUUUGGAAUUUGAUGUCACGAGAGAACUGUAG